GCAAUUCAAAAAAUUUCGAAUACAGAAGGCAAUCUCUCAGCUGGCUGAGGAAAUUUUGAUUUGCUCUUCCUUUCUACAGUGCUGCAUUCCUUUCUAACUAUGAAGGUAUUGUGAUAACUGAGUGAAUCUAUUGGAUUGAGAGCGACAAAUCAUGUCGUCUAUCUGUGCUGUUUCGGCGAGAUUGGGAUGUCGGCUACAUGUGGUUGCUGCAGUGGCACAGCCGAGGCGCUCGGUCACUGUAGGCAUAGUGGGCGGAUCUGGCUUUGUUGGCUGCCGAACUGCUGUGCGCCUGAGCGAGGCUGGCUACAGUGUUAGAAUCAUCGCACGCCAUCCCCAUCACAUACAGCGCCAAGUCAAGAACGAGGACAUGAUCAUCGAGGAGGGCUUCACCAGUGGUGGCAAUGUGCGUCGCCGUCAUCGGCCUGGCUUGAAGUCCAAGAUCAAGGAGGGCCUGGCAAGCAUUGGUGAAUCACAGGAGCGCGAUGACUCUGUUCCAAAGAUCUUCAUGGAGUUCGCUGAGGCCAAUGCCAGUAAGAAAGGCAACAACGACGAAUUACGCGCGGCACUCACAGGAUGCGAUGGUGUUAUUAAUUGUGUCGGUAUUCUGGCUGAGGGGGUCCGCAGAGGUAGUUUUGACAAUGUCCACCAUCAAGCUGCAGCCUCUGUUGCUGCCCUUUCCAAAGAGGUUGGAGUGAAGAGACUUGUACAUAUUUCUGCAAUUGGUGCCAGUGAUGAUUCCAACUCCAGCUAUUCCCGAAGCAAAGCUCAGGGCGAGGCAGCAGUCAUAGAACAGUUUCCUCGUGCCACUAUACUUCGACCUAGUUUAGUUGUUGGACGAGGUGAUGGGUUUUUCUCCUUAUUUGAUCGAAUGGCCCGUCUAUCGCCAAUCUUGCCGCUAGUUGGCGGUGGUCAUGCCAAGUUUCAGCCAGUGCACAUUGACGAUGUGGCGGAGGCAUGCAUUGCUGUCCUAACUACUGGUCAGACACAGGGCAAGACAUAUGAACUUGGUGGACCAGAUGUUUUCACUUUCAAGGAAUUGCUGAAGAUGAUGUUGGAAGCCGAUAGGCGGAAGCGCAUUUUGCUGCCCAUUCCUAUGCCCAUGGCCUACCUGCAAGCUAUGGUCCUACAGUAUUUGCCUGGCAAGGUUCUGACGCUGGACCAGGUGCGCCUGCUACAGCAGGAUAACGUAGUAUCACCAUCUGCCCUUAGCAUGGCUGACCUGGGCAUGGUGGAUCCACUGUCCGUUUCUGAAGCCCUGGAAGACAUAUUCAAGUACAGACGCCUCUAGUCUCUACCCUGCUUCUCAGGAGCAUUUCCCAAAA